UAAAUUUAAUUCAAAUUCCCAGUCUCCCUCGGCUCUUUGCUUAGGAUGGUUACUCUCAAGAUGAGUACUGCCCCUGGAAACCACGGUGGGAAACAGGUGGCGACAGACAAGGUUGCAGGGAAGCUGAGUUCCACUCUCACAUGGGUGAAGAACACAGUCUCGCAAACAGUCAGUCAGAUGGCCAGCCAGGUGGCAAGUCCAUCUGCUUCUUUACAUACGACGUCCUCCUCCACCACCCCGUCCACACCAGCUGUUUCACCAUCUUCUCCAUCACAGCUGAGUCCAGACGACUUAGAACUCCUGGCUAAACUGGAAGAACAGAACAGACUGUUAGAGACGGACAGUAAGUCCUUAAGAUCUGUAAAUGGGUCAAGAAGAAACAGCGGCUCCUCUCUUGUAUCAAGUUCAUCUGCUUCUAGCAAUCUCAGCCACCUUGAGGAAGAUUCUUGGAUUCUUUGGGGAAGAAUUGUUAACGAGUGGGAAGAUGUUCGCAAAAAGAAAGAGAAACAAGUUAAGGAACUUGUUCGGAAAGGGAUACCUCAUCAUUUCAGAGCAAUUGUUUGGCAGCUUUUAUGCAGUGCUCAAAGUAUGCCAAUUAAGGAUCAGUAUUCUGAGCUACUGAAAAUGACCUCACCCUGUGAAAAACUUAUCAGAAGGGACAUUGCUAGAACAUAUCCUGAACAUGACUUCUUUAAAGAAAAAGAUAGUCUUGGACAGGAGGUUUUAUUUAAUGUAAUGAAGGCGUAUUCUUUAGUAGAUCGUGAGGUUGGAUAUUGUCAGGGGAGUGCUUUUAUAGUUGGACUGCUGCUCAUGCAGAUGCCCGAAGAAGAAGCUUUCUGUGUGUUUGUUAAAUUAAUGCAAGAUUAUAGACUGCGUGAACUUUUUAAGCCAAGUAUGGCAGAAUUGGGCCUUUGCAUGUACCAGUUUGAAUGCAUGAUACAGGAGCAUCUACCAGAACUCUUUGUACAUUUUCAGUCUCAGAGUUUCCAUACAUCUAUGUAUGCAUCAUCCUGGUUUCUGACCAUCUUUCUUACAACUUUUCCCCUACCGGUGGCAACAAGGAUAUUUGACAUAUUUAUGUCUGAGGGUUUAGAGAUAGUGUUUCGGGUUGGCCUAGCAGUUCUUCAGAUGAAUCAAGCAGAACUCAUGCAACUUGACAUGGAAGGAAUGUUACAGCAUUUUCAAAAGGUCAUUCCGCAUCAGUUUGACAGUGGUCCAGACAAAUUAAUUCAAGCAUCUUACCAAGUCAAAUACAAUACAAAAAAGAUGAAAAAGUUAGAAAAGGAAUACACAACAAUAAAAACUAAAGAAAUGGAGGAGCAAGUUGAAAUUAAAAGAUUACGCACAGAAAAUAGACUUUUAAAACAGCGCAUUGAAACAUUAGAAAAAGAAAGUGCUUCCUUGGCAGAUAGAUUGAUACAGGGACAAGUGACAAGAGCCCAGGAGGCUGAGGAAAACUACCUCAUAAAACGGGAGUUGGCCACCAUCAAACAGCAGAGUGAUGAGGCCAGUACUAAACUGGAGCAAGCUGAGAAUGCCAUCAGGGAGCUCCAGGAGCAGCAGCAAUGGCACAAAUGCAGCGCCCGCUACAGUGAAAAGUUUGUGCUGCAGCUGGAAGAAGAGUUGGUUCAAGCCAGGCUGAACGAAGCUGAGUCUCAGUGUGCCCUGAGGGAGAUGCAGGACAAAGUCCUCGAUAUUGAAAGGAGAAAUAAUUCCUUGCCUGAUGAGAAUAAUGUUGCAAGUCUUCAGGAGGAAUUAAUCGCGGUGAAACUGAGAGAAGCAGAAGCUUUGAUGGGUUUGAAAGAACUUAGGCAGCAGGUGAAGGAUCUGGAAGAACAUUGGCAGCGCCAUCUAGCUCGGACUGCUGGAAGAUGGAAAGACCCGCCCAGGAAGAAUGCCAUGAAUGAAUUACAAGAUGAACUGAUGACCAUCCGGCUUAGAGAGGCUGAGACUCAAGCAGAGAUAAAAGAAAUAAAACAAAGGAUGAUGGAAAUGGAAACGCAGAACCAAAUCAAUAGCAACCACUUAAGAAGAGCAGAGCAAGAGGUGAGCAGCCUGCAGGGGAAGGUACAGUGUCUUGCUGCAGAGAACAGAGACUUACUCACCAAGUUAAGUGAAGCAAGGCGCAGGCAAGCAGAGACGGAAUACAAGAAUAAAGAGGAAGUAAUGGCAGUGCGUCUCCGAGAAGCAGACAGCAUCGCUGCUGUGGCUGAACUGCGGCAGCACAUCGCCGAACUGGAGAUUCAGAAGGAAGAAGGAAAGGUUCAGGGGCAGCUCAAUAAGUCGGACUCCGCCCAGUACGUGAGGGAGCUGGAAGAGCAGAUAGCAGAGCUGCAUCACGAGCUCCGGUGCCUAAAAGGCAAGAGGGGCUUCUCAGACCAACCCACUUUUGAUGGGAUCCACAUUGUCAACCAUUUGAUAGGAGAUGAUGAAUCAUUCCAUUCCUCUGAUGAAGAUUUUAUAGCUAAUUCCAUUCGGGAAGGUGUAGUCCGUUUUCCUCUGCACAGAAGAGCUGGCCUAAUGACUUUGGACCCUGCUGCAGAAGGCAGUAGUGAGAGUGAAACAGAGGAUGGCGUAUUGGAGACAAGAGAAAGUAAGGUGAUUCCUAAGGGAAGGAGGCAGAAAAGAAGAGAAAGUUACUCCACUACUGUCUGAUCAUCACUGUGAUGUCAGGCCAUGGCCUUUAAGAUGGGUGUCAUUGUCGUGGGACUAGAAAAUCCCGGAAAAAGUGAUUUCAGACCUUAGGGACUCACCUUAGCCCAGGACACGCAUAUCCAUUUGACAGUCUUUUUAUCGUUGCCAAAUCCCCAGCAGAACACCGUUGCCAUAGACUAGCCUUAGAGUAUGGUUAAUGGGUAAAACAGUAUUACUGGAUUUUAUUUUUCAUGAAUGUUUCUUGUUUUGGAAAGUGCAAAUAGAACACUUACCACAUGGGAACCAUUUUGAAGUUCAUAAAUAUGUAAAAUAUAAUUACUUUUCUUUGAAAGAAACUGCUUGUGUGCAAUAGUUUAUGCUCAGUGAACAAAUUGUGUUUUUAUGUUUAUGAAUUUGAGUUUAAGAUGGCUAUUCAGCAAAGCAUUGAUCAGGACACACAUCUGAUUUACCUUAUGUUUGUUUUUUACUAUUAAAAAUUACCGUAUUAUUGACAGCCCACUGAAGGCUUCCAAACACACCCUUUUUCUGUACAAUUUUAUAAACACAAAUUAAUGGUUAGGCUAUUUGUCCUGAGGGUUUCAAAAAAAAUUUUUUUUUCAUUUCAGUUGUAUGUGCAUAUGAUGCUUUCAGUGUGUUAACUGGUCAGAUAGUUUGUUAACUACACUAUAUUGUUUAUUUGUACAUAUUUUUAAAUCUGUACCAAUCUGAAGAUGUACAUUACACAUCAUUUUAUAUGGGGAAUGUAAAUGUUUGCAAUAUGGCUGCUUUGGGCAUUCUAACAGGAAUUCUGUAUAUAGAGAGUAGAAGUGAGUUUGAAAAAUAUGUGGUAAACACUAAUAUUUUAAUAGCUUUAGUAUUUGACUUAGCCUUUGACACUAGCAAAUUCAUGACUUAACUAAUGCUUGUUCAAAAACACUAUUGAUGGACCUAAUAAAUUUUUCAUGAUUUAAUAAAGUUGUGGCAUACGUUGGUUA